GACUGGCAAAGUCUGUGUAAACUGAAGACAACAACACAGUCCAAGACCAUCUACGAAAUUCAAUCCGAUACAAGAAACCACACAGUUUAGUCUGAGGCAAUGAGAUGCAUUCAAACCUUCAGUGCUGUAGUUCUCCUCCUCACUUUGUUUAUGAUCCUCUUCUCAACCCUUUACCUGGAGACGACCUACAGCCACAAGGAUGAACCAAAACCUCUUAGCGUCCAGGUCCAUGACAGUGAUGUGACGAUGCAAUCCUCAGAGAAGAAAAGAUUUAUGCAGCCUCACCCUGUUGAUGUGCUCAAUGUAUCUGUGUUUGAAGGCCUCAGACAGACCAUACCUCAAAAUGGAGCAUACUGGAACCGCCUGCUGUACUCGGCUCUUAGGAAUCUGGAGCAGGGGAAACUCGCUUUCAGAGAUGACUGGUCUCACUGCAGGGGGAUGAAUCGGGAGCUUCUGCUAACCAAUGUGAACGACUUUACCUCCUAUCCUGUCUUGUUCCAGGACUUUUUGCAGGGCAUGAACUGCAGGACCUCUCCACUCCUCAUCAAUCAACCCAACAAGUGCAGCUCAAGUGAAGAGGAUGGAAACAACCAAACCUUUCUGUUGUUCGCCAUCAAGUCAACUCCUGGGAACUUUGAGCAGAGACAGGCGGUGCGGGAGACCUGGGGCAAAGAGAGGGUGUAUCAGGGAGGCCUGAGGGUCCGCACGGUGUUCCUCCUGGGUACCUAUCCGCUGGAUGCCAUUGACCUCAGCCCAAUGCUCUCAUUUGAAGCAAAAUAUUUUGGGGAUGUCUUGCAGUGGGAUUUCCAAGAAUCCUUCUUAAACCUGACACUGAAAGGGAAUAUGUUCCUCCAGUGGACACUGAAAGUAUGUCCUAGUGUCUCCUUCGUCUUCAAUGGGGAUGACGAUGUAUUUGUCAACACACCAGCAUUGCUUAGCUACCUGCAGUCUCUGCAGGCCUCUCAAGCAUCUCAUUUGUAUGUUGGACACACCAUAAGUACAGCAUACCCCCACAGAGACACAGACAACAAAUACUACAUUCCUCUGAGCUUCUUUGAUGGCCCAUACCCUGCUUAUGCUGGUGGAGGCGGUUUUAUCAUCUCUGGAGUGUUGUUGCAACCUCUAUAUUCAGUUUCUCAUGUCAUUCCCUUCUUCCCCAUCGAUGAUGUCUACACUGGGAUGUGCGCAAAGGCUCUGGGAGUUUCUCCUGAGGCACAUGCAAGCUUUCGGACAUUUGAUGUCAGGGAGCAAGAUCGUGGGAAUCUGUGUGUCCAUAAAGAUAUUAUUCUGAUCCACCAGCGCUCGCCAGUGCAGAUUAAGAAGCUGUGGAAGGGCAUUCACAGCCCCCUGUUGACUUGUUGAACACGACCAGUGGUCUCCAACCUUUUCAAGCCCAAAAUCACUUUUUAAUUCCAAAUGUAAGCCAAGAUCUACUACCUUGAUAUCCUCCAUGAAACCCUCUUAGGAGGGUCAUAUUUAUUUUUAAAAUGAAU